AUGGCGUCAGCUGCAAACGGUGUCGUUUUCUUUCUGACACUCACCUCUCUCAUAUUGUCCAGUUAUUCCGCCGGGCGGGAAACCCCAAUCCAACCACCGACCAACUCCGACGAACCAGGGUGGGGCCCACUCGGAAUCAACGGCAGUGGGCCACUCGACUGCCUAACAGCACUCUACAAAAUCAAGUCGUGCACAAAAGAGAUACUCGAAUAUUUCGCCACCGGCGCCAUUGACAUAUCGCCGCCGUGCUGUGAAGCCAUCUCCGUCAUCACCCACAAGUGCUGGCCGUCUUUCCUGGGAACACUAGGGUUCAGCCAGGACCAGACCUACAUUCUCAGGGGUUACUGCGAUGCUGUUGCCGCCGCCGCCUACACCACCACCAGGUCCGGCUCGGUUCCGAUCCCGGUGGUGGGUCCCAGUAAUGGGCCCGUUUCGAGCCCGAACGGGCCGAUUCAGAGCCCGUUAGGGCAGCCAGCUUCGUCGCCGGCGAACUAG